AUGGACAGCCGCCAAACAAAGCCGCCCCCAGACUUCGAGUCCAUCGAUGGUGCCUUAGCGCAUCGACGUGUGUCAGGGUUAUUUGGCUUCAGCAACGAGGAACAGCUGCAGCAGCACAUGCUCGAUCACCCUAUCACGCCCCUAUUGGAUGGAAAUACGGCCCAUACACCACUGGAGUCCAACUUCGCGCAUUGGACUCCGCCUCUGGACGCCAGGGGCAUGCCCCGGAUCCCGAACAGUAUUUGGAAACUCGACGGUCUGAACAGUCCAGCUGGGCCGUGGAACCAGGGCAGGGAAGCAUGGGGACCCAAUAAACGCGCGAGGGAAGAAGAAGAAGAUGCAUCCCAGGAGCAUUUGAUCGAGGGCCUCGAGGGCCUAGGCCUAGGGAUAGACAUGGCCGACGAAGGCGGCUACGACGGAGAAGGCUAUAAAGAAAACCUCGAAGACGACUUGGACGAAGACGAUGAUUCGGAGAACGAAACAUUCCCCGUGCACACUGAUCAGUCACGGAUCAUCCCCGAGGACGGAGAAUCUCCUCACGCACCGUCGAUAACGUUUACGCCCCCACAGCCACGGGAUGGAGACCCUCGUGGAAAUCUUGAACAAGUCUCUCCACAAAGUCCAAGUGUUGCGUCCAGUAAUUCACCGGGCGCUUAG